AUGACGUGAAGCUUUUCCUUCAAACGAGCAGCUUUCGGUUCUCGUCUGAGAAACUGCAGGAAGAUCUGAGCAUGUCCCAGAGGAGCACGAUGGCUCAGGCUGCAGCGGAGCCGAACUUCCUGCAGUUCAAUGAUCUGGGCUGUGAGAAGGUCGGAGGGAAGGUCAUUUUUGCUACAGACGAGUGGUUUGCUCCUGCUAAAAACCUGCUGAAGAGAGAGGUUCCACAGUUCGUCGCAUCUGCCUUCACAGAGUUCGGGAAGUGGAUGGAUGGAUGGGAGACGAGGAGAAAGCGGAGUCCUGGUCAUGACUGGUGCAUCAUCCAGCUGGGCGUCCCCGGCCUGAUCUACGGAUUUGAUGUCGACACGUCUUUUUUCACAGGAAACCACUCACCUUACGUCUCCAUCCAGGCUGGCUGUCUCGAUCCAUUGCCCACCUUCCUGUCGGGAGAAGACCGGACCGGCAUGGCAGCCACAGCGAGUCAGAUGGAUGCCGUUGCCAAGCUGGGCUCCGAGGCAUGGCCAGAGCUGGUGAGUGUUUCGAAGCUGCAGCCUGGAUACUCAGACUGUUGUCACAACUACUUCAGGGUCAGCUUUAACAGGAGAGUCACUCACCUGCGCCUCAACAUGUAUCCAGAUGGGGGGAUAGCCAGACUUCGGGUGUUUGGUGUUGGACAGAAGGACUGGUCUUCUGUCUCCACCCACCAGGAGCUUGACCUUGUAGCUCUGACUAAUGGAGGAGUCUGUCUUGGCUACAGCGACGCCCACUUUGGACAUCCACGCAAUAUGAUUGGUCUUGGUCGAGCUGCCAACAUGGCUGAUGGAUGGGAAACAGCCCGCAGACUGGACCGACCCAAAGACCUGAAGGUGGAUCAGCGGGGCAUCCUGCAGGUUCCCGGCUGGGAGUGGGCCGUGUUUCGUCUCGGUCAUCCUGGAAUAAUCAGCAGCACUGAGGUCGACACCAAUCAUUUCAAAGGUAACUUUCCAGACUCCUGCCGGAUCGAGGCGUGCCUCCUGAGCCCUGAGGAGGAGGCUCAAAGAAUCAGGACCAAAUGGAGUUCAGGGACAUGGGAGGAUCUUCUCCCACCUCAGAAGCUCCGUCCUCAUCACAGGCAUCACUACGGCCCAGCAGACCUCACUCUGACCUGUCCUGUCAGUCAUGUCCGUCUCACCAUCGCUCCUGAUGGGGGGGUCAGCCGCCUCCGUCUGUGGGGGAGACCCACGCCAGUCUCUGCAGCUCCAGCCAAUCAGAAUAUACCCACAUCCAAACUCUGACUCACCUCGGAGCUCGUCCAGCACCACUGAGCCAAACAGGAAGUGGAUCUACUGUGUGUCCACAUCAUUCAAAUAU